AUGGUCGUCGCAACCAUAAAGUGUGUCGUCGUUGGAGACGGUGCUGUCGGCAAGACAUGUCUCCUCAUCAGUUACACAACCAACAAGUUCCCCUCGGAAUACGUUCCUACCGUGUUCGACAACUAUGCCGUCACUGUCAUGAUCGGUGAUGAGCCAUACACUUUGGGACUCUUCGAUACCGCUGGACAAGAAGAUUACGAUCGGUUGCGCCCGCUAUCAUACCCCCAGACUGAUGUAUUCCUUGUCUGCUUCUCCGUUACCUCGCCAGCGUCGUUUGAGAACGUCCGAGAGAAAUGGUUUCCGGAGGUACAUCACCACUGCCCUGGUGUUCCGUGCCUCAUCGUUGGCACACAGGUAGAUUUGAGAGAGGAUGCAUCAGUCAAAGAGAAGCUCGCUAAACAGCGGAUGCAACCUGUACGACGGGAAGAUGGCGAAAAGAUGGCGAAGGAUCUGGGCGCAGUCAAAUAUGUGGAAUGCUCUGCGUUGACGCAGUAUAAGCUUAAGGACGUUUUCGAUGAGGCUAUCGUGGCAGCGCUCGAGCCUCCUACAACGAAAGAGGGAGGCAAAAAAGAAGGAAGAAGGAAGGGCAAAGUGUGCAUUAUUCUCUAG